AUGAGAGCACUUUUAAGGACCAAUUGUUAUCGAAUCACUAUUAUCAGCAGGAAUACGAUUCAUACCAACUCUCAAUCAAUUAGAGCAAACCAAGUUCCAUUGAACCAAUCAAUUUCUAGCAGUCUAGUAUCACAAAAUCUUCCGACACGUGCUUUACCACCUCAUCUCGAUAGACCCGCGAAAACAAACCCACUCGAUUUAUCCGAAAAUGAACAUGAACAAUACUUCACCGAAAACGAAGUUGAUUCUUUUUACGAAUCCCUCAUGAAAUCUUCUCCAGAACAAUUAAGAAAAGAAAUGGAUUCAACCCCUUCACCUAAUGACCUCGAGCAUCUUCCAAUCUUGGGUCCUUACAAAUCAGCAUCUCUUAAGCAACAACAACAGCUGUGGAAUUGUUCAUCCAAGGCAAUCGAAUCUCCCUCGAAUUCGUCAGAUGACCCAACACAAAUGGCUCGUAAUUUACAAUCGGAAAAAUUGAUUGAUCUAGUAGAGUUGAUGAAAACUCGUCAAGUUGAUAUUGGACCCAUCACCGAUAGUCUUCUGACACUUCUUGCUCAUCUACCUCAACCAUCAAAAGCUCAGCGAUCAAUUCAAGUACUUUCAGAAGCCUACAGCAGAGCCAGUCUUACCAAAUCUUCUGCCUUCCAACAAGCACACAUUCAUUUGCUCCUAUAUCGUAGUGGUUCAACUCCCACAGCUGCCUAUCAAGCUGCUAGCAAGUAUGUGCAAGAAUUGGAACGAGUCGGCACACCACCGACACCAGCAGUCUAUCUUCAACUUUUCGAAUAUCUCUCCUACACCUCUCACCGUCGUGCCCACUCUUUAGACCUUUUCAAUCGGGUUCGUCUUCUGGCUCAUCCCACACCACCGAUCUCGAUUUGGAACGCGGUUCUGAAAGCAUUAGCUUCGGGAGCAAGCACUGAACCUGAGCGCUCUAUGGACAUCUAUUUAGACCUCAAGGCCGCCGGCUUAUAUCCGACGCGAGAAACGUAUAAUCAUCUCAUUCGUGCGAUGGCCCGAGCUCGCCGCCCUCCACCCGGCACAUCCACGAGACGCACAGAAGCAGAGAAAUGGUAUUCAGGUUCAUUGAGACUUUUAGAUAGAAUGAUUCACGAAGAUGGUCUCAAACCUGAUCUGAAUACAUACAUGGCGCUACUUGAAGGCUCGAAGCGCCUUGGUGACCUUCCUCGUGCAAAAUGGAUUUAUGGAUUGUUCUGUCGAGAGCUUGAUUCUCGUCCGCCAGGAUCAACCUCAUUCGAAGAUUCGAAGUGGUUGAGUGUGAAGGCGGUCACAUUGAUGUUGCAGACUUACGCUUCUUUUACUCCGAUGAGCAAACUGACCUAUCAUAAAUCACCAAACCAAAAGCCAGUUGAAGAAGAGAUCAAUACUCACAAACCUUUAGUUGCUACUAAUGAUGACCCGAUGGCGCCAUACCGAGGAGUGCCAAAGUCCAAGAAGGACACCAUUGUAGAAUCUGAUCGGCUCAUACAUCAGUUUCUAAGCGAAACAGGUGGCUUGAAUUUAUCGGCAAAAACACCAGCAGAACAACGCAAAUUAUCCAUCUUGGUUGGAUCAUAUCUUUCAGUUUAUGCAGCUCAUAGUGAUAUCGCGAACCUUUACAAGCUAUACCAAGAUCUUACCAUUUCUCCGCUCUCAUCAAUUCACGAAAAUCGAGAUACAAAAGCUAUUAGGAUCACUUGGAUAUAUUUGUUAGUUUUGGAGAGGUGUGAAUAUGUACGUUCAGCUGAACGAGCAGGAAAAAUCUCGAGAGAAGUUUUUCAUGAAUGGAGAUCUACUGGUGAAUGGCAAGAUAAGUUUGAAUUAGUGAAAUCUGUUGAAGCAAGACUUGUUCUAACAAAAGCUUUCUUUCGUUCUAUGAUAAAAAUCAGAUUUGGUGGAGUGAAAGAAUCAAUGAAAGAUAUUGAAGACUUUACACGAUUAUAUCCGAUUGAAAACAUUCAAUCCUCUGAAUCGACUCCAUAUCUAUCAUUUAAACAUCUAGAGAUCGUACAUCAUCGAUUGAAACAAAAUGAAGAUCGAGAAUCGGUGAAAAGAUUACUAAGGAUCACCAAAGGGUAUGAGAAAGCAAGGAUUAAAGCCUUUGAGAUGAAUGAGGAGAAUAGGAGGAUAAAGAAUCGAGCCUUGAUGAAUUUAUGA